AUGUGGAGACAACCAAAGACAAAAACUUUCUUGAAUAAAUUUAAAUCGAAUCAUAUGAUCCAAGCUAUACGAGAAGCAGAGGAAAGAAAGAAGGCUCAGGAGGCGAGACUACUAGAGCAAGCAGAGAAAAGGUGUAUGGGUGCAGAGUCAAGGAUCCCUCCUUCCGGGAACUUACCGUCGAUGACUCAGAAUCAGAACUCAAUUGGGACAGGUCCGUCGGGAGGCGAGUUAGAACGAGAGAACGUUGAGGGAAAGGAUGAGGUGCAUGGUGAUGCGCAAGGAGAUCGGAUGGCGGAUGCUCCAAACGCCGGAGGUGAGGUGGAUGAUGAGCAGGUCUCUGACGGUUCAGCGAGUGGAAUCAAAUCGUCACCUGAAAACGCAGACUCAGAAGAUGUGAAGCCUAUCCUUAAGAAGAUCAAGACAUCGAAGAAAACCCAAGAAGAAGGCGUCGAAAGGGAAGGCAAAGAAGCAAUCAUCAUCAGAGUCGUCGGAGGAUGA